GACUCAGAUAUAUGAAUCUCGUGCACUUAGCUUCUCCUUCAAUUAUCACUUACCCACCAGUUUUUAAUCUUGCUUCUUUCUUCUGGCUAAAUGUACGUUGAAGAGAAGAUUAAUGGCAGCAGCUGAAGCAAGGGCAGUCUGGCAAAGAACAGCUAAUCGUUUCUUUGUCCAAGAAGAUGCCAAAAGAGCUCCCAAAUUAGCUUGCUGCCAAUCGUCAUCUUCCUCUAAACAGGCUGAUUCUAUCCCCAUUGGAGUAGCAGGCGCGCACGAUCAGCCUGCCGUUGGUUUUAUGCCGCUCAACAGUAUUGCUUACUAUCCCAAUCCACCCUCUGAUAUGAGUUGGUGGCUUCAGCUACAGCCUAGCUACGAACCCCAAAAGGGUUCAACAAACGAGCUGUUAAAUGCCUUAGAUGAUAGAGUGGAAAGCUUGAAAUCUGAAGCGAACUCUUCCUCUGAUGUAAGUAGAGUUCACCCGGAAGACGCACCAGGUGCUUCUGGUGCUGGCAGAAAAAGGAACUAUGAAUAUUCUCUUGAUUCAGCAGAGAGAAUGAAAAAUUGUGAAUUAUUGGAGAUGGAAUCCAUAGAAUGUGAUGUUUCCAAGAAAACCAAUGAAUUGUCUUAUGAUCUGGUGUCUCCCUGGGUCGGAAGUGGGAAGGUCGAGCCAUGGUGGCGUGUGACAGAUAAAGAUGAGCUAGCCUCCCUGGUUGCAAAAAAGUCGCUGGACUUCAUUGAGAACUGUGAUCUCCCUCCACCUCAGAAGAUGCAUAUAAGGAGGUACUAUUGUGAAUGUUCUGGUUUCGACGGUGAUGAAGUAUCUUCUUCGGCUUGGAAGUCCCAAACAGACCCUGUCUCCUGUCCAAUCGUUAAUGCAGAUGCGCAAUGUGCUUCCAACUCUUCAUUCUGUACAACCGAGAAGGAUUUCGUGGAUCAAGUUACAGAGUCUGAUCCUACUAUGGCUCAGCUACUCAAUGCGCUUCAUCACUCACAAACACGUGCAAGGGAAGCUGAGAAAGCAGCGAAGCAAGCCUACGCAGAGAAGGAGCAUGUCAUCAAGCUUAUCUUCAAACAAGCCUCACAAAUCUAUUCCUAUAAACAGUGGUUCAAAAUGCUGCAUCUAGAUGUUUAUCUUCAGAUCAAGAACAACGAGGAGCCAGUCUUCACUUCCAACAACAAUUGCAAUUCACGGAAGAGCUUGGAGAAGACUGGAAAAGGUAGACGAGGAAAGCAGAGCCAGCCUAGACCGAGCAUAACAACAUGUGCCGUUGCUUUUGCAUUGGGACUAAGUAUUGUUAGUGCUGGUUUGCUGUUGGGAUGGACUGUGGGGCCGAUGCUACCUUUCUAGAUAAUUGUAGUGGAAACUAAUCCCCUUGCUGCCAUGAAAAUUGCUUUGCCACAUUUUGCAUUUUGUACGCCAUGUUUAUUGAAUGCUAGUAAUUUUCAACUUCUUUAUUGUAGGUGUUGUAUUGUUUGUAGGCAGUGUACUUUUGGGGGGGGGGGUACGUACAAUUUACAUGAUGUCC